AUGCACCCUCACCUGCACACCAAAGACAACACCGCAUGCGAGGAAGUCAUGACGGCCCUGGAAGAGUGCCAUGCGCGCGGCUUCCUCUGGAAGGCCGUCGGCAUGUGUAACGGCGCCAAGACGCAGGUCAACAAGUGCCUGCGCGCCCAACGCCUGGAGCGGACGCGGCUCAAUCGCGAAAAGGCCCGCGUGAAGAAUGAAGAGAUUAGGGCCAAGUGGGCGGAGAUUGAUGCGAAUUCGUGA